AGUUAUUCGUGUUAGGAUUCAAUUAGAAGCGUUUCUCGAUCGUUAAACUCGGGCAAGUGAUUUAAAAGAAAAUCUUGACAAUUGAAUAUAACAUUUGAUAUUUAAAAAAUUUACUCGGAUAAACUGCGCUUUCUUGUUUUAAUUUUCCUCGAGAAUAAUGCUAACGUCGACGAAAUCGAAAACGAAAUAUGAACAAUCAGUGACGCCGUUGACACAUCCGAAGAAUCAUUUCAAACUACCAAGUCGAAAAUUAUGGAAAGAGGGAAGUAGUAACUCAGCAUUGAAAGGCGAUCAUUGGAAGAAAUAUAGAGAUUCGAAUAAAUGGGACUUGGUCGAAUCUCCGCAGUUCGUUGAUUUUAGUUCUGCAGCAGACGUAGGAGAUUCUUACUUCGAUAAAGUAACUGUGAUUGUCAGCACACCAAAUGUAAAUCUCCAAUACGGAAAUCUUCCUAACACGUUCGAAGGCGAAAAUUCAUUGAUUGCAAACCUCGAUAAUUUUCAUUUAUCCACUAUAAAACCCGAUGUACCGACAUAUGAGGUGGAGAACAAUGAGAACGACAAAGAAAACAAGGAGGAAUAUGUGGUUCACACAUCCUCUCUUAAUAUGGGAAAGGAUAAAGAUGAAAUAUGUAAUAAAAUAAAUAAACCCCAAAAGAUAAAUGGCUUUACUAUUAUAAAGCCAUUUACCUUUGACAUGCGAUAUAAAUAUAAUCAACAACGUAAACAAGAACGCAUUAAUAAGAUGUUAGAAGAAGAGAAAAAGAUGAAGGUAUUUCGAGCAAACCCUCUUCCAAAAUAUUUAAAAUCUCGACCUCAAAAUAACAACAAUAAUAAUAACAAUAAUGACAUUUUACAUGGUAAAGUAAAUAGUAAUACCGAAGAAAAAGAUAAGAAAAAAAGUUCCGCUGUAAUGAACACGAAGAAAAAUACCGAUGUCUGCAAGAAAUUACUGGCUGUACCGCACAUCACCAGAAAGAACUUGGAAAAGCCAAAAAUGCCACAUUUACAAACCGCAAUUCGGUCACAACUAAGGAAACGUUUCGAUGAUACCAUAAGAGAGAAGGAAAGACAAAAUGAACAGCUUAAACAAAUGGAGAUUGCUGCUAAAAAGAAGCAAGAGGAAGAAGAACGUUUAUAUUUAAGAAAACAAACUGUUCAUAAACCACAACCGAUUCGCAAAUAUAAAUUGGGUUUGCCAACUGUUGCUAAACGACCAUUAACCGACCCUGUGAGCCUGAUACCAUUAAAACGACGUCGCACAGUGGAUCGAGUAAGGCAAAAUAAUUUCAGAACUGCUUAGAAUUUUGUUUUAUAGAUUUGUAUUCUUUUAUUAAUAUCAAGCAAAAUAACUAAAA